GCCGGGUCCUGGCAGCUGCGGGCGCGGCGCGAGGCGAUCGGGACGCGGCAGCGGGGACGACGACCCAGGCGCUAGCGGAGGCCGAGCCGAGCAGCCCCGGCCCGCGGAGACAUGAGCGCGCGGCCGCCCGCCGCACCCCGGGCGCAGUGGCCCGACCCCGCCGCCCCGUGAUGGGCUCCUGCGUGUCGCGAGAUCUGUUCACAAGUGCCCACAAAGACUGCCCCAGGCCCCAGGGCACAGACCUCCUGAAUCGGGAUCUGCCCUCCAGCUAUCCACCUGCCACUGUUCCAGAUCAUGUCGCUGGCAAGGACAAGCAGAUGGACUUCUGUUGGGAUCCCUGGCAGAGGUGCUUCCAGACCACCAACGGCUACGUAUCUGACUCUAGAGCCUGCACCAGCAACUACAGCGUGGCUGCCCUGGCCACCUCAUCCCUUGUGGGGGUGGUACAAAGCAUCAAGGACCACAUCACAAAGCCCACAGCCAUGGCUCGUGGCCGAGUGGCCCACCUCAUCGAGUGGAAAGGCUGGAGCGCCCAGCAGUCAGGCUGGGGGCUGUCCCCAGCAGAAGAUGAACAUUAUUGCUGUCUCCCGGACGAGCUACGAGAAGCCCGCUUUGCUGCAGGUGUCGCUGAGCAGUUUGCCAUCACAGAGGCCACUCUGAGUGCCUGGUCCUCCCUGGAUGACGAAGAACUGCAGCCAGAGGACAGUACCCAGGGUGCCUUCCAGCUCCAAGACCUGGAGAGCAUCUACCUUCAGGACAGCCUCCUGAGUGGUCCUUCACAGGACGACAGUCUCCUAGCCUGCUCCCCUGGCCUCACCCUUGAUGAUGGCUGGCCCUCACCGGAGGAGCCCCCUAGCCCCACCCAGCAGCAUCGGCAGCGGCUGCCAGCGGCUCAGGGGCCUGACAGUGGAGCCCGCUUGCACGGCUCCCUGCCCUCCGUGGACAGUGGCUCUCUCUCAGAAGAGGAGGAUGAAGUGUUCUACAGCUGAGGCGAGCUGGCCAGUCCGGUGUCCGCACACCUUGCUGGGAGGCCAAUGCUAGCCCGGCACUGGGCAUCUCUUGACUCCUUGGGGCAAACACAGGGUGGAAUGUGGCAGGGAUGGUAGCCAUCAUUCCUGUGCACCACUCAGUGCCUCCGUGGACCUGCCCUCAACAGUGGGAGCCCCUGCUUUGUGUGCUUGGCCUCUCCAGGGCCUCUGCCCUCGGCCUGCUCCUGGGCUCUAAGCAGACACCAGGGCAACCGGCCCCAGGAGAGCUGACAGGCCCCCGGGAGGACACCGUGGAAAGAGUGGGAGGGUCAUUUGGAGGGGCCCGGGGAGCCAGCCUUGACUUGGGCUCAGCCCCUUCCCACUCACGCUGUGCAUCUGUCCCGUGGAAGGGUGGGACUGUUUCUUCUGGUCAAGCCAUUCCUCAACUCGCUGAUGUCUCUGGAGGGUCUGUGUGUCCCUCCCCUCUUACCUGGUUCCUCUGUGACCCCAGCCAAGAGAACCCACGUUCCCCCUCCCCCUCCCCUUCACCUCCCACAGGGUUCUCUGGUGACAUUAAAGUAGUGUGCUCAUCCUGGA